AUGGGCAAUGCGCUUCUCGGUAAGAUUUUGAUCGCCAAGAGCAGCUUUUCCUGUGUGCUCACCAUCCUUGUUCAGCUUCUCGUACAGGUUGCUGAUGUACACCGUCUGGUUGGGUGGGAUGUCCAUGCCUGGAUCCCCAAUGCGACUUGA